CGCUUUUAAUGCUCGUCCACUUCCUCUCGGCGUGACACGCAGGAAGGACGCCCGAGCGGACACUCUGAGCACGGCCUGGAGAGGACUGCGGCUCUCCCGAGAGUCAGAGUGCCAAGGAUGAUCUCAGGUCUCUCCAUAGCUGUGAUUCUCCUUCUUGUGAGAGACAUCUGGUCCUCCUGCAGCUGCUCAACGUCGCCAUCGUCAGGUGUGAGUGUGAACUGCAGCUCUCAGGGUCUGAACACAAUUCCCGAUUUCCCAUCAGACACCACGGAGCUUUAUCUACAGCACAACAUCCUGCUCACGGUUCCUCCAGGGUUCUUCGACUCGUUUCUGAUGCUUCGUGUGGUGGAUCUGUCUGAGAAUCCCUUCCACUGUGGCUGUAACAUCCGGUACCUGAGAGCCUGGCUCCUGAAGAACCGAGAAGUGAACACGGUGCCUCCUAGGUGUUCCACGCCGUCUUCUCGGGCGCACAGAGCCAUCACCGGCCUGAGCGAGACCGAGUUCUUGUCCUGCGUGAGGAAGCGCUGCUUCACUGCAGGGUAUAACCUGGCAUUAGCGCUCCUGCUGUGUGGAGUCCUGGGCUUGCUGCUGUGGAGCCUCCUCCUGGCCAAAGGUCUUUCGUUCACUCUGGGCAUCGGAGAGAAGCAUGGCGGCCUGCGGGCCGAGUCCCUGCGCUCGCUCAAACCCAAACACAGAGCCAAGGUGAAGAACGUCACGCAGUGGAGCGAGGAUCUGGAGACGCCGCUGCUGGACAUGGACAUCCUGCCGCAGAUCAUCGACACGCUGCACAAACACCACAACAUCAAGAUUAAAGAGACCUGAUCCACACGCCUGUGUUCUGACCAGCUGGACGAGUCACGACUCUGACGUCUGACCGGAGUGUAAACACUGGAGUGGAUUGACCAACGCUUUCUUUAUGGAGCUUUUCUUUUUCUUAACUGAAACUGAACUUUUGUUAGAGAAAACUUUGAGAAGUUGCUUCAAAUUUUGACUCAAAUUUGUAAAAUCCAGUUCCUGAAUCUCAACACCUGAAGAGCUUUAAACUCAACUAAUUUACUCCAUUUACAUAGAAUUCAGACAGUCCUAAUAUGAACUUUAUUACAAUAAAAAAAUUACUUUAUUUAAAUUACCUUACUCUAACUUUAAAUUAAGGUAUUUUUUUUUUCAUAUUUCAGUCACUAAACAUCUAUUUCACUUCUUUAAUGGGUUUCCUUUGUUUGUUUUUUAAAUAUUGUAUUUUAUCUUAUUUAAUUCCUUUUAUAUUUUAACUCCUUUUUAUCAGUUAUUUUUUUGCCUCUCAUCAGUUUUUUUUUUUUUUUACAAAACAAAAAUAAUGAACUUGUUUUAAUUUUCCUGAAUAAUUUAUAUUUUCACUAAAAUAUUUAUAUACUAUAUUUUCAAAAAAUAAAGACACUUCAGUAUGAGUUUCUGUCAUCAGCGCAUUUAAUGCACUUUUAAACAUUUUACGAAUCUCUGGUCAGAUGAAGGAAUGAUGUUUGAAUUAUUGGGAGAAUUUAUUUAUAAAAUCAGUUUUGUUUUGUUUCCCUUCCCCCCCUCACGUCAGUGACCAUAAUAAAUGCACAGGGUCAGUCUGGUCCCGAUCCUCCUCCAGCUUUAUUGAUAGUUUAAAAUUACAUUUUAUGUUUUUAUAGGACUUCAGCUGCAUCUUUCCCUUCUGACUUAAAAACAGAUUACAAGCAAAAUGAUUUUUUACAGUAGUCCAAGUGAUAGUGUACAAAAAUAAUAUUUGAUUUCUG